UCGCAGCCACCGUACUUUUCUGAACGGGAAACGGCGUUUGUUUGUUGUGUUACCUGUUAACAUUAGCUAAAGACAUGGCGGAAUACGCACACGUAAAAUCUACCAAACUGGUUUUAAAAGGUCAUAAUAAAGGGAAAAAGAAGAAAAACAAAGAUAAGAAAAGAAAAGCCACAGAUGAAGAGGAAAGGCUUGAUAUUGUUGGUGGCUGGUGGUCUGUAAGCAGCUUUGGAGAAAUUACAGGAACAGUUGCCAUAGAGAUGCAGAACAAGUCAUACAUCCAUGCCCUGGAUACCGGUCUCUUCACACUUGGUUCACCACACAGAGAUGAUGAAGGACCAGAUCCUCCCGAACAGUUUACUGCCAUCAAGCUCUCAGACACACGGAUAGCCUUGAAGUCUGGAUAUGGAAAGUACCUCGGCAUCAGCUCUGAAGGUGUGGUGAUGGGGCGCUCUGAUGCCAUUGGCUCCAGGGAACAAUGGGAACCAGUCUUCCAGGAUGGUAAAAUGGCUUUCCUGGCAGCAAAUAGCUGUUUCAUUUCCUACAGUGACAACGGGGACAUUGUGGCCAAGAGCAAGACAGCAGGGGAUGGCGAGAUGGUGAAGAUCCGAACCUGUGCAGAACGAGAGGUCAAGCGUAAAGAUGACAUUGCAGAUGAGGACAGGGGCAACGUGAAGUCCUGCGAGAUCAAUUAUGUGAAGAAGUUUCAGAGUUUUCAAGAUCGAAGGCUCAGGGUUAAUGAGGGCGACGCCACUGUCCUAAAGAAAGCCAGGACGGAUGGAAAAUUUCACGAAGCUUUGCUCGACAGGCGAAGCAAAAUGAAAGCAGACAGGUACUGCAAGUGAAGAAUGUGGAUUGCUGUCAUGCCUUUGUAAAUGAAUGCAUUUUAUAGAUUUGAUCAUAUGACAUGGGAUUAUGACUGUGAGUGUUUUAUGUAUUUUGAAUAAACUUUUAAUGUUUA